AUGGAUCUGAUCACUCAAGGCCAGGGUACAAGUGAGUUGUUUAAAGCUCAAACUCACAUAUACAAUCAAAUUUUUAAGUUCAUAGAUUCCAUGUGCCUCAGAUGCGCAGUGCAAUUAGGCAUACCCGACAUAAUCCACAGCCAUAACCAGCCCAUGACUCUUUCCGAAUUGGUCUCUGCGCUUAAAAUCCCUCUGGGAAAAACCCGGUGCGUGCACCGGCUCAUGUGCAUACUGAUGAACUCUGGCUUCUUUGCUACAGAAAGUUUCAAUGAGAAUCAAGAAGGGUAUGUUCUCACAUCUUCUUCUAGGCUCCUCCUCAAAGGUGGAGUCCUCAAUUUGUCACCUUAUGUUUUGCACAUGUUGGAACCUGUCAUGUUAACCCCUUGGAAUUUCUUGGGAGAUUGGUUUCAAGGGAAUGAAUCAACAGCCUUUAAGUUUGCACAUGGAAUGGGGAUGUGGGAGUAUGUGGAGCAAAACCCUAAACAUAACGAGGAUAUGGAUGAAGCAAUGGCGAGCGAUUCUCAAUUCUUGAACAUAGCCAUCACAGAUUGUAGACAAGUUUUCGAGGGGUUGGAUUCCUUGGUUGAUGUAGGGGGUGGCACGGGACAUUUCGCCAAGAUCAUUUCCGAGGCCUUUCCUCACUUGAAGUGCACAGUAUUAGACCGCCCCAGUCUCGUCGCUGAGUUGCCCGCGACCAAGAAUUUGAACUUCGUUGGAGGCGAUAUGUUUCAAUCUGUCCCUUCCGCAGAUGCCGUUUUAAUUAAGCAUGUUUUGCAAAACUGGAGCGAUGAGGAAUGCGUAGCCAUAUUGAAGAGAUGCAGAGAAGCUAUUCCAAGCAAAGAUAAGGGAGGAAAGGUGAUUGUCAUAGACAUGGUGAUAGAUGUCGAGAACGACGAACACGAAUUAGCUGAAACAAAGCACCUGUAUGACAUGGUGAUGAUGGCUUUCCUUACUGGAAAGGAACGAAGUGAGAAAGAAUGGGAACGAGUCUUCUUGGAGGCAGGUUUCAGUCACUACAAAAUAUCAGCCAUAUUUGGUGUAUGGUACUUUAUUGAGGUUUAUCCAUAG